GCGUAGAAGGGGCUUGAUAGCCAGCAAGUUAAGAUGGCACGCUUCUCGGUAUUUCUUUUACUUGUAUUUGCGUUUACUGUUGCUGUGCAGGCGCAGUAUGAAAAGUACAGUUUCCGUAGUUUUCCAAGACAGGAGCUCAUGCCCCUGGAUUCCGCCUAUAAAUACGCCCUGGAUCAAUAUUCCAACGAAAAAUGGCAAGAAAGCGUUGAGUAUUUAGAAGUGAGUUUGCGACUCUUCAGACUGCUGAAAGACAGCGAAGCCUUCUGCAAUUUGAACUGCAGCUCCGUCCGGCUGGACAACGAGCAGAAAUAUGCCGAUUUCCCAGAGCUGCAUAUGUUCGGUAACAUCAUGAAACGAGCCCAGUGUUUGAAAAGGUGCAAACACGGGUUGCCAGCGUUCAGACAGACGCUGCCCAGCCGGGGAACCAUGGAAGAGUUCGAAAAACGCGAACCGUACAAAUAUCUCCAGUUCGCCUACUUCAAGUCAGAUAACCUGCCGAAGGCGGUGUCAGCGGCCCACACCUUCCUGCUCAAGCACCCGGACGACGAGAUGAUGAAGAGGAACAUGGCCUACUACCAGAGCCUGCCUGGGUUCGAGGAGCACCUCAAAGACCUGGAGACCAAAUCCUAUGAGACGCUCUUCAUCAGAGCUGUGCGGGCCUACAAUGGGGACAACUUCCGCACCUCCAUCACUGAUAUGGAGCUGGCCCUCAACGACUUCUAUAAGGUGUACGAUGAGUGCCUGGCGGCCGCGGAGGGCACUAGGGAGAUCCAGGACUUUCGGGACUUCUAUCCCUCCAUUGCAGACCAUUACACAGAGGUGCUGGAGCGCAAGGUGAAGUGUGAGAGCGAGCUCACCCCUGUGGUGGGGGGUUUUGUCGUGGAGAAGUUUGUGGCGACCAUGUACCACUACCUACAGUUUGCUUACUACAAACUGGAAGACAUUAAGAAUGCCGUGCCCUGUGUGGCCAGCUACAUGCUGUUUGACCCCAACGACGAGGUCAUGAAGAACAACGUGGCUUACUACCAGUACCACAAAGACAAGUGGGGGCUUACCGAGGAAGACUUCCUCCCCAGACCGGAGGCAGUGAGGUACUUCAACCAGACCAAGUUGCAGCUGGAGAUGGUUGAGUUUUCCAGACAGCAUCUAAAUGGCGAUGAGGAGGCAGAGGUGGUGGAGUUCCUUGAUGAGCUCCUGGAAACAGAGGAAAAAUGAUCAAAUUUGAAGGUCCCAAAAAGGACUUAAUAGCCAAGAAGAAACAAACGAAAGGAGUUCAAUAAAACAGACAUUAGCUCAGACCCUUUAAGACUUAAAAUAUGCAGCUGUGAGAUGUCUCCUGCUUGUGUGAUGUAUUUAUUUGGAGGAAUGAGGAUGUUUUUUUUAUUAUAUUUUUAUACAACUCCAUAAAUCUUGAAUGGUCGUCUUUUGGAUCAACUUCAGUCAGUACUCCUUUUUGCACUGGAUUGUAUGAUUAUCAUCAUCAUCAUCAUCAUCACCCUCUGUGUGCCUGUCCUCCUCUUCCUCUCUGUCUCUCUCUGAAACUCCAUUGCAAUGUAGUAUUUGCUCACAAACUUCAGAGAAUUCCCCUGUGAGACCCGGGGGUAACGUUAUCUUAGGUGCUGGCCCAGUCUAUUAGUGAGGCAAAUGAACUGUUACAUCAUCCCCUCCUCCUUCAGUUUUUCUCCUUUCCUCCUUCCUCCCCUCCUCCUACAGUUUGAGCCGCAUAAGUGCACACCUGUGAGUUCAGAUUACCCACAAGUCAUUGCAAACUUCCUGCACUGUAUGCCAUAAAUGGUAAAAAGGUUUUGCUUGGAAUGGGGAAGAUGAUGUAAUUGGAAGUGAUGUAACUGGGGAAUUAGGUUUGUUUUUCUGAUGUAAAUAAAUUUUGUCUAUUAAAGCCAAA